GAUAUACAUGUGCAUAUGAACUUCCGCCCAUUAAGAAAAAAAAUCAGCUAUAUUGGCCGGAAAUGAUUGCAAAAAUGGCUGUUGACGUUUCGACGACCGUCGUCGUAGUCGGUGCCGGGCCGUCGGGGUUGAUGCUCGCAUGUAAUCUUGCUCGAUUCGGUGUUGAUGUUAGGAUUCUGGACGAUCGUCCGGACAAGACCUCCACAGGCAAGGCGGAUGGCUUGCAGCCGAAAACAAUUGAGACGUUUAGACAAAUGCGACUUGCUGACCCAUUGCUGAGAAAUGCGGCACGCGUUUAUGAUAUUUCUUUCUGGCAAUCAACGGCAGAAAUACCGCUCCGGCGAACAGGACGCCAAACUCACUACCCUGACAAUCUCGUUGGUGCUUCAGAUCCUUAUAUCCUUCUUGCACACCAAGGUAUGGUUGAAGAAGUCUUGAUUGACGAUAUGGAAUCGAGAGGUGUCUUCGUGACGAGAAGUAGUCGCUUUGUCUCUUGCUCGCGCGAGUCAGGCACAGGAAAACUGAAUAUCACAUACGAGGACAUGUCAAGCAAGACAAUCAAGACCAUCCGAGCCGACUACCUUGUUGGAUGUGAUGGUGCCCGGUCAAAGGUCAGGGAAUUUAUACCGGAUGCUCAGCUGGAAGGAGAGACCACCAACGCUUCCUGGGGCGUACUCGAUGGUGUCCUUGACACCAACUUUCCCGACUUAUGGAGUAAAGUUGCGGUACGCUCACAUGUCGCGGGCUCGAUCCUUUGGAUCCCUCGUGAGCGCAAUAUGACGCGACUAUAUGUCCAACUGAGCGAAACCGACGGCGAACGUGUUGAGAGAUCCAAGGCUACCGCAGAAUAUGUCAUGCAACGAGCCAGAGACGCGAUGUAUCCCUUCCAUCUUGAGUGGAAAACCAUCGAAUGGUUCGGAAAUUACGUGGUGGGCCAACGGGCAGCGAAGCACUUUAUGGAUUCAGAUUUGCAAAUAUUCAUUGCAGGCGAUGCUGGACAUUGCCACUCGGCUCUUGCAGCUCAAGGAGCAAAUACGAGUAUGCAUGACAGUUUUAAUCUAGCAUGGAAGCUUAAUCUUGUUAUUCGUGGUUUGGCCGCACCAUCGCUUCUAGCUACCUACGAGGAGGAACGACAAAAGAUUGCCUACGAUCUCAUAAACUUUGAUGCAGAACAUUGCAAAGCUUUCUCCAAAGACGAUUCAGCGCUUACUAAGAACUUUGAUGACAAUAUUCGCUUUAUCUCUGGUGUGGGUGCGGAGUAUUCCGAAGGCAUGCUGACCCGAAAUAGGCAUACCAUACUAAGACCCCUGCAGUCUGGUGCCCUGCAGAUUCCGGGAAGAGUCACUCGCUACAUUGAUGCUAACCCGGUAGAUAUUCAGCUUGAUAUCCCACUAUUGGGCCAGUUCCGAAUAUACUUCUUCGUCCCAGACGUUCCAAAGGGACUUGGGUUUUUGAGCGUUAUCUGUGAAGGGUUCGGCAAUGCGAGUGCCAUGGGGACAUUAUCCUCACGAGCAAGGCAAUCUUAUGCGAAAAAGCCCCCAACAGCGGUGCCAUCAGACGAGUUUUUACAACCACUGAGAUAUACCUCCGCAUCCAGAGCGUUCACGUACGCAAUGGUGACUCAGUCUUGCAGGUCUGAGUUCGAAAUAAUAGACUUACCGAAAGCACUACAAGAUAGUCGUUGGACAUUAUAUCUUGAUAAUGUUGACACACCUCGCUGCACAGACAAAUGGUUUGGCACUUUGCAAAGAGAACAGGUGGGAAUAGUAAUUGUGCGACCAGAUGGAUAUGUCGGAGCUAUUGAUACAUGGGGGCUCACGGAGGGCAAGGUGGCGGGGAAGAGGAUAGAGGACUAUUUUGCAUUCAUGAUGUAA